AUGGCGACCCGCGCGACCGCCCACCUCGCGUCCGCGUCGCAUCGGGUGCAUCCGCGUCGCACCGCCCCGCCCGCGUCGACGGCGACCCCAUCCGCCGCCGCGCGCCGAUCCCUCCACCCCGCCGCCCGCCGCGCGUCCACGGAUGGGAUCGUGACGAGGGCCAUCGGGUUCAACCUAUCCGACAGGGACGAGGACACGUCGCGCGGGGACCAAGAGGCUCUCGCGCUCAUCGAGGACGCCGCCAGCGUCCUGUUCCUGCAGGAUCCGCUGCGACACGAGUGCGCGCAGGCGUACCUCGCGCUGCUGCAGCAGAUCUCGCUCAAGGCUGGACCCAACAAGCUCUUCGUCGCGUACGGCGAGUUUUUCCGAUCGCUGCGGCGUUCGGGCAAGGCGUCGUUCGCGGACGUCGUGCUCGACGAGAUCAUCGCCGGGCGGGGGAACCCGGUCGCGGUCGCGGUCGCGGCCGGCGCGAACCCGGCGGACGUCGCGCCGGUGGACGUCGCCGCCGUGGCCGCCGACCUGGAGCUCCUCCAGAGGAUCUGCGUGUCCGAGGCUACAAUCUUGAAGUGGUGCGAACGGCUGGCGGCGGCGGCGAGCCCGGCGCGGAAGCAACCGGCGUCCUGGGUCGCCGCGGCGUCCGCGUUGGGGGUGCGAGAGGAGGGUGCCGAGGGGGGUGCCGAGGGGGGUGCCGAGGGGGGUGCCGAGGGGGAACGUUUCACGCGCCCGGCGAGUGUACAGCUGUGUGCGUCGACGAGAAACGCCGUCGCCGAGAGUUGGAAGUGGUCGGACGCGCUCGACCCGCACCUCAUGAAUCACUGGCGGGCGCACGGCGUGGGGGAACCGGCGUUGGGGAACGUGCUGACGUGGCACAACCCCAAACGGGGCGCGACCCGCGACGUCGACCCGGACUCGGCUUUCAAAUCUUCGGAUUCGUCGAGCUCGUCGAACGCGAAUGGAUUUUGCGUCAACGGAGUGGCGUGGCGCACCGCGCCGCGCGCCAAAGACGAAGCCGCGCACGCGACGCUCGUCUCGCACUUCACCGCCUUCGCAUCCGGGGACGAAAGUGCGGGGCACGUCCUCGUGCACGGCGCCGCGGGCGCGGGCAAGCGCUGGCUCCUGAUGUCCUCGCUCGGCGCGUGUUUGGGGGUAUCAUCAAACGACGACCCCUCGGCGGGCGUCGUCGGGUCGCGCGAUCCCUCUGCAGGUCCCUCGUCGCGCCCGUCCCCACUCAGGGUCGUCCGCGUCCCUCGCGAGGCGCUUCGUCAGCUCCCGGAGCUGUGCCAGUUCGCGAAGGACCACCCUCGGGGAAGGUUCGUGUUUCUGCUGGACAUGCCCCUCGCGCUGGCGCCGUACGCGGAGUUCCACAACGAGCUCACGUGCGCGCUGGACGGCGGCGGCGGCGGGAGGUGGCCUUCAAACGCCAUCCUCGCCGCGGCGGCGCUCGAGCCCACCGCCCUCAAGCCCGAGGCGUCGUCGGGGGGGGGCGGCGCAGCGAACGGCGGGCUCGCGUGCCGGUUUCACCUCUCCGUCGGCGUGUGA